GGUAGCAGUCUCCGUACACAGCAGCACAAACAGCCGUAUGCAGGCACUUCGGACGAGCGUGCUGGCUCAAGGCUCUCUGCAGGCGGUCCGAGGAGGGACCCGAGCAUCCACGGGGCGAGGAUGGUACCAGCGGUACCAACGCAUGGGGCCGGACGCCUUCCGCAAAGCCAGAGCUCCCAACCCCUUCGACUGGGACACACCAACAGCACCGCCAGCACCAGAGACCGGGGCGGAAGAACGACAGAAGGAAGGGAGCGGCAGGAGACGGCCACGACGGCGGGCCUUCUUCGACAUGAGCGUGGACGGCGUGCCCGCGGGGCGCGUGGAGUUUGAGCUGGCAAGCGACCUGCUGCCCGUGACGAGCGAGAACUUCUUGCGGCUGUGCAACGGCGUUACCGUCGCGUCUGCAGCCGGCGAGGCAACCCUGCUGCGACGACAAGAGCAGGCGGGGGGCGGGGCGGCGGAGGAGGAGGAAGCAGUUGAAGAGAAGGAGGAAGAGGAGGAGCUUGGGUACAAGGGCACCGUGAUCCAUCGGGUUGUCACCGGCACCGGCAUCAUGGGUGGCGACGUGGAGGGCUACGGAGGAAAGCGGAGCCACUCCGCCUUCAACGGCAUGCGUUUCUUCCCAGACGAGGCGUUUCUCAUCCCACAUACCGCGCCCGGCCUGCUCACGAUGGCCAACUCCGGGCUGCACACCAACGGCUCGCAGUUCUACAUCACCACGGAGGCGGCGGGGCAUCUGGACGGACGAUCAGUAGCUUUCGGGAGGGUGACCAAGGGGCUGGAGGUGGUGAGGGCCGUCUACGGCAUGUACAGCAUCAGGGGCAAGCCGGUUUCGGAGAUCACGAUCGAAAAAUGCGGCGAGAUUUGAAUUUGACUUGGCUUGUUCCGGAGAUUUCGGUCCCAAAAUGCGGCGAAAUUUGACUUUGACUCGACUUGACUUUUACCUCUGUUCGAAUUUCACGAUCCCAAGGACCCGGUGGGGAAAGAUGACAAUUUUGGUGCAACAGAGUCUUCGGCUGUUUUUUUGUUAUAACGAUCGGGAAAAGGUCCGGCGAUGACGUCGAGGUCUUUUUCCGUGUCGUUUCCACUAUUCCGACUUUGAUCCUCUCCCUAUUGUGGCUUUUUAUUUUCCUCAAAUGUAUUGUCGAAAGUCGAGAAGCGAGACUCAGAUAGCAGCGCCGUGUUUUUUUUUUCCUUCGGAGAGUACGUCCGGUUCGUUGCAAUUGGGCCAGAAGGUGCCUUGAACAUUUUUGCUUUUCUGCUUUGGCUUUACGCUGGUGUGGGGCGACCCGCGGGUAUGUUGGAGACACAAUGCCUCGCUUAUUCGUGUGUUGGUGGUGUGGAACGGCGGACGUUUGUUGUUGGAGAGGUGGCAAGUAACCGAAUUGCGAAAUCAAGAGAUUAAAAAAUCACAACAUUUUUCUUUUUUGUUGGGUGGAUUCACUUCCUUCCUUCCCUGCUUGCCCGCAACGGGCGACGCUGACGGAACAAAAAAUCCACCGCGUGGAUCCAAUUUUUGACGCCGAGAGCGACACGCGACUUGCCUUUGCGAGAUAUUCAGGGCGACAUGCCGGCGUGUGCCGGCCGUACAUUCAUUGUAAGGGAUGGAGGCUACAGGAGCAAACGACCGCACUUGAGAACUUGAGACCAUGUGUGAUCUCC